AUGUCUACGCUUCUGGAAUUGAAAACCGAGGAGGAAUGGAACCAGUAUGCGGCUUCCGUGCCAUCUAACACACUUCAGGUCCUCUACUUCAAAGCUGAAUGGGCUGCGCCAUGCAAGCAAAUGACCACCGUCCUCCAAACCCUCGCCUCUUCCUAUCCCGUCACCGAACCGCUUUCUACAUCAUGGGUCUCACUGGAUGCGGAGGAUGUUCCGGACGUUAGCGACUCCUUCGACGUUACAGCAGUUCCCUUCCUCGUGCUCCAAAGAAACGGCCAGGUCCUUGAGACGGUCAGUGGAAGCGACGCCAUGAAGGUGCGAGCUGCGAUUGAGAAACACUCCAAUUCCACGACUGUCCCCACAACUGCCAAUGGUGCAGCACAUACGCCCUCAAACAACGGCACAAGUGCAAAGAACGUCAGCAGCUCUGCGCCAACCACGCAGGACUCCGCUACCGCCCCUGAAAUUCCUUCUGCUGAGAUUAAGGAGGACAAGGAGGCGUUACACAACAGGCUGUCAUCGCUGGUCAAGGCUGCUCCGGUAAUGCUGUUUAUGAAGGGCACGCCAAGCGCUCCGCAGUGUGGUUUCUCGAGACAGUUGGUAGCUCUGUUGAGAGAGAAUUCUGUCAAGUAUGGGUUCUUCAAUAUUCUAGCGGACGAUGAGGUCCGGCAGGGACUGAAAGAGUUUGCCGAUUGGCCAACUUUCCCUCAGCUGUGGGUUGACGGUGAAUUGGUCGGUGGUCUGGACAUAGUCAAGGAGGAGAUGGGCAAUGAUCCCGAUUUUCUGAAGCCGUAUAGCGUAGUAAAGAGCACACCUGCAGCUCCUUCUCAGGAGACCGCUACGGCUACGGCCUAG